AUGGCUCCUGCUAAGAAGUCCACUGGCAAGAAGGUCGCUCCCGCUCCUUACCCUAUCAAGGGCAAGCAGACUUCCAAGACUGCUUCCAACCCUCUUCUUGAGAAGACUCCCAAGAACUUUGGUAUUGGUCAAGAUGUUCAACCCAAGCGUGAUGUUUCCCGCUUCGUCAAGUGGCCCGCUUAUGUUCGUCUUCAGCGCCAAAAGAAGAUCAUCUACCAACGUUUGAAGGUUCCUCCUGCAAUCAACCAAUUCACCCAAACCUUGGACCAAAACACUGCUGCUCAGCUCUUGAAGCUCGCUAACAAGUACCGCCCUGAGAGCAAGGUUGAGAAGCGUCAACGUCUUCGUGAGGCUGCCGCUGCUAAGGCUGAAGGCAAGGAAGCCAUCAAGACUGACAAGCCUAUCGUUGUCAAGUACGGUUUGAACCACAUCACCUCUCUUAUUGAGAACAAGAAGGUUCAACUUGUUGCUAUUGCUGACGAUGUUGACCCUAUUGAGUUGGUCAUCUUCUUGCCCGCUUUGUGCCGCAAGAUGGGUAUCCCUUACUGCAUUGUCAAGGGCAAGGCUCGUCUUGGUCAAGUUGUCCACAAGAAGACUGCCACUGCUAUCGCUUUCACUGAUGUCGCUGAGGCUGAUAAGGCUGAGCUCGCUUCUUUGGUCUCUGCUGUCAAGGCUAACUACAACGACAAGUGGGAGGAAACCCGCCGUCACUGGGGUGGUGGUAUCAACGGUCCCAAGUCUCAAGCCCGUCUUGCCAAGCGUGCUGCCGCCGCUGCCAAGGAACUUGCUGCUCGUCAGUAA